AUGGUUAAGUCAACUGUUGUUGAUAGCCAGACCGGCAAGAGCAAAGACAGAAGACCAUUAAGAGCAUUGAUAAUUCAGGGUGCGAACAAGCUCAGGGACAAAAUCAUUAAGACCAUUGAGAAAAGAAUUGCCGACUACACCUUUAUUCCAGCAGAUCAUGGAGAAGGACUUCAAGUGCUUUACUACGAAGAAGGGCAAAAGUAUGAUCCACACUAUGAUUACUUUGUUGACGAGUUCAACACUAAGAAUGGAGGUCAACGCAUGGCUACAAUGCUCUUGUAUCUGUCGGAUGUUGAAGAAGGCGGUGAAACGGUGUUUCCUACUGCCAAUAUGAGUUUUAGUUCUGUGCCAUGGUAUAAUGAGCUCUCUGAGUGUGGGAAAAAGGGACUCUCCGUUAAGCCGAGAAUGGGCGAUGCGUUGCUCUUCUGGAGCAUGAGGCCCGAUGCUACACUAGAUCCCUCUAGCUUGCAUGGUGGAUGUCCUGUGAUUAAAGGAAACAAGUGGUCAUCUACCAGAUGGAUGCAUGUCGGCGAGUACAAAAUCUAGAGCCUUUGAUCUGCUGCUAACGCUUCAUCCGCCCUUAUGUUUCAUCCGCUUUUGUCGUCUACGACAGUGAGGAAGAAACCAAACAUAAUGCUAAGACCAAUACUACUACUGAGGUUAAAGAUGAGGAAAGUCUUAUGGAUGGUUCUGAUAGAGCGGAUACAGGACAUGUGGACAACAUGGUUCAUUCGGUUGAAGAGGCUAUUAUACGUAAAGCUAUUUUAAAGGGUCCUAUUUCAGUUAGGACCAGACAGGUUCGUGGAUACUAAGAAGUAUUUCAGGUGCAUCUAUGUUUUAGUGACUGAGUGUGUGGUACAAUUUCUUUGUGUGUUCUUUAUGCCUUGGUCAAGGGUGUAAAACUAUUGUAGAUUUCAAUAAUGUUGAAGAAAUGGCAUAUGUUGUUUGUCUAAGUUUCUAGAAACAAAUAGACCUGAGAGAGAGAAAUUUCAAAGAA